AUGGACUCGAAUGUUCAGGCACAAUGCCUUGAUCUCAUUCGCGGUAUCAAAAGCGUCAACGAGAAACAAAAUGAACUUCUUGAGAAAUUAGUGACUCUUAUGGCAGAAUCAACAGCCAAACAGACUCACGGUGAAGAUAAAAGAUUUGGCAGAAAUAACUCCCUAAUCAACGCCUCGGCACAAGAUAUCAAAGUUCAAGCCGAUGAAGCAAUAGUCUCAUCUGACGGAACAGAUGACAAUCUUGGCACGGCAGCACAACAGGAUGAACAUCUGAUGAGUAUCAUACAUCUUGCGCCCAAAUCCUUCAAGAAAAGACUUCAGUUAUUCUCCACCGGAAACAGUGACCCAUGGAUACGCUCUCAGUCACAUCUUGCGCAAUACUACAAUGUUGAUGCAGCUGUGAAUGCCACACCAGCGUGGAAGUACUGGUAUCCCAGUGAUUGGAGGACGAAAUAUGGCGAGAACAGCAUGAUUAGUCCUGUCCCAGGCUUCAUGCCAUGGUGGCACCUUGUGCGCGGACAGGACAAAAACUGGUAUCAUAUCGAUGACAUAGAGUACGAGUAUCCGAUACGGCACGUUGAUGAUUCUUCAACAACAAAUUGGGAGUGUCUUGAUGUACCAUACUCUCAUCUUCCCGCAAUAGAGCAGCUGGAUAACGCAACCCAAGAAACCAGCAUCGAAAACAUGGCCGAGACAGGACUGACGAAACGACAGAGGGAAGAUAUACGACAAUCCCUUGGCGAUAUCUUCGCGGUGCCUCAAGACGGACGCCUUCCACUAGCAUUUCACACAAGUGAGCUUCGUCAAUUGAACCAGUAUUGCUCUGUUGGAGAUGACAGCGGUCGCAUGCUGUAUGAUUACCUUACUUCCGCACAUAAGCUACUAGAAAAACUCUACCGAUUUACUAUUAUAGACAUCACAGCGCCAGGCGGAAGUGUGAAUGCGGUAUAUGAUGGCCACCAUUCUUUUGACUCUUCUCGGACAAACCAGCUAUCAUCUAAUGUGGAAAUACCAGCAUACUGGGCUAUGGUUCAUCCAGCUCUUCAAAGAGAAAGCGACGGCUUCGUGGCUUACCCAUCAGUGGUCAAGAACCCAAGUCGUGAAGAUUUCAACCAUUCGGGCCAGUGGUGCCGCGUUAUACAGCUUUCAGGAUUGGCUGAGAUUGCUGCUGGUCUCGCAGAGGACCCGUCUCCAAGUCUCGAAGCAAAGUCAGUUUGGAGACUGCUUUUCAAUGAUCAUAGAUUGAAUCCAGAUAUGAGACUUGCUUUUCAUAACAUGAUGAAGCAGCAUCUUUUCUGUCAAUCAGCUACCAAGGCACUGCGCAGUUCAGUAAAGGCGCCUCGGAGGGAAUUUCACAUGUCUUGGUACCAGCUGUGCGCGAAACCAGACGAUGCGACGAUUGCGGAAUCGACCUGGAAGUUUGGGCGUCUUUACGGGUCUGAAAGGCACUUCGUCAGGCAGCAAGCGUUUACAAUAGGCUGCUCGUACCAGGACUCAGUAUCUAGCCAUGGUCAUUCUACGAGCGAAAGCUUUUGGACAAUACUGAUCAUGAAACCCCCGUGGGGCAAAGCUGACCCAGUGUACCCUCCAAAAGCAUCACUUCACAAUGCUCCACCUCGAAGGAACUUGCAGUACUGCUCAGAGGAUGUCAUGCUUGAUGCGAUAAGGACAAAUAUGAGACGGGCUGCAGAGGAUUGGAGUAGCGUGCAGGUCGCUCUCAGUCCGAUCAUUGAUCACGACCCUCUCUUCUUGGAUCCUAACCAGCAUGACAACCUCCUAUUCGAUGAUGAUACCUUUUCAAGAUCACGCCGGUACUUCUGGGUGGUUAGCUGCCUCGAGUCUUUUCAAGCUGUUAUUGACGAUGCUGUUGAAGAAUGGGAGAAAUUCUGUGCUGAGUGGCCAAAUAUGAUGAUGGGGAUUGAUCCGGCUGAGGAGUUCAGUGCAACAGAAACAUCACAAGAGAUGACAAGAAGAGCAUUGGAUGAGAUAGAAACUCAGGUCGAUCGACUCAGGGAUAUAUCUGCUCGGUUCGAGUCAAGUCGUGACAAGACGAAGGUUCUCCGAGAAGGCCUAUUCAGUGCCAGUGGAGUUAUCGAGAGCAGAGUAUCGACGCGUCUAGGAGAGAACGUUAAACUUCUCACAUACGUCAGCAUCUUCUACCUCCCACUAAGCUUCUGCGUUGCUUUAUGGAGUACAAAUGAAGAUUACGCCCGGCCGAUGCUUGUCUUAACAUCAGUCCUUGUAGCUGCUGCAACAUUCAUCAUCGUAGCCAAUCUAAGGAACACGGCUUCAGUAUGUUCUGUCGCGUAUCGAGGCAUCAAAAGACGCAUAGUUCGGCGCAUGCACGCCAGCGAAAACGACGAAUGGAUGAAAAGAGCAACGGCUUUUGAGGGUUAUCGACCAGAACGACUGGAAGUCGAACCCUCCGAGUGGUACAUUCUAUACUUUGUGAUCUAUUCGAUGGUAUCUCGUGUGGGCUCGUGGUUUAGGCGUUAA